AUGGGUGUGGAUACCCAGCGUCCGCCCCUUCCGGCGCCCACCGAAACUUCAUUCGCCGACGAUAGUAGCUUUCGCGCUGACGACCUUGCCACCGACGUGUCCCGCCGGACCGACCGCUCACACUAUUCCAUACCUGACGACGGCAGCCCCGUCACCAUCGCCACCAAGACCAAGGACAAGCUCGGCCACGGUCGACAGCAGUCCCAGACCUCUCUCCUCAUCGAGUACUUCGAGGCGGGAAAAGCUGGCGACAAAGUCCGUUCCCGCCCCAGUGUCAGAGUAAGAGUCACACCUUCAUCCAAGCACGGACGGUCCAGGAGUGGCCACGACCACGUCGAAAUCACCCAGACGGACAGAGAUCGGAAACCUUCGUACACGCGCAGGAUCUCGCUGCCUUCGACAAAGAGCGGAGAGCCCAAGCUUGGAGAAGCGAGUGAAGUGUCACUUUCUUCAGAGUCAAACCUGAGCGGCAUGCCCCCCGUAGAAGUGGAGGUGCUCCACAACGGGAGCGACCUCUCCCGAUCCGAGCUUUCUCAGGGCCGCUUCGUCCCCGCCGGUUCUGAUAUCUCAUCAAUGCCUCCGGAUAGCAUGGUUGAUGGUCCGCCUGCAAUUGUUCCUCCAACGCUUAGUCGCCGAAGGAGCCGGAGCUUGGAUCGCGAGGAGAAGACCAUGUCAGAGGACAGCGGCAAGCUCAAGGCACCAUCCCGACGCAGGAGCCGCAGCUUGAGCAGAGAGCGUGCCAUGACUCAAAAGAUUAUUGGAAAGCUCACCAAGGAACAAGCCGAGUCCGGCAAGCUGAAGCAUCGCCGCGAGAAGAGUUCCAGUCGGGAGGUACUAGAAGAAGGGAAGCCAUCCUCCCGGCGCAAGCCCUCUCGCUCGCGUCGCGAAGAAGCUCUGAUCAGCGGCACCGAAUCGAGCUUGCUCGCCUCUGAAGUCAGCCGUAGAUCUGGCGACACGCAGUCUAUUCGCUCAGGCAUGUCCACCACUUCUUCUAUCAAUAACCCUAAAUUGCUUGCGACCGUCGAGGAUGCUAUCAAACGACUCAUCCUCCCCGAGAUCAAUGCCCUCAAGGAAACGCAGGGCCGCGAUAAGCGCGAUCGUUUCGAUCGGGAGUCCUUGUAUUCGAGCGGCUCUCGUGGAGAAUUGAAGAGAACCGUCUCCAAAUCGUCAAGCGCACCGAAUGUCAAGGUCGUUCUCAAUCGUGACGAGAAAGAUCCGGGUAUUGUACUCUCCGGCGACUCGGUACGGAGUAAGAGGUCAAGGAGACCAAGCCGAGACUCUGGCUCGGAAAUGAGCUACGACAGGUUCGGAUCUGAGUCCACGGUUCGGGAAGACGAGCGGCUGCACAAGAAAAAGAGCAAGGACAAGCGCAUGAAGGAUGCUGCCAUUGCUGGCGCUGUCGGUGCUGGCCUCACCGCAGCGGCUCUGAAGCACCAUGAUUCCGAGGCCAGUCUAGACACGAAAGAACGGAGGAAGAAACGCAGCAAGAGUAGGAGCCGAUCCGCGAGCAUUUCUGAGAGCUACGUUGAGGACAGCCCCAGUGAGCUAGUGCCACCUCUGCCUAUGCAGAGUGAGAUGCCUGGCUCUGAACUGACGCGCGAUUCGAUUCUCUCUGCCGAAACUGAACGGCCUGCCUCUUCAAGAGGUGCAACUCCUAUUCGUGAGGUAUCACGAGGAACUCCCCGUCCGGUCAUGUCUCCUGCACCAUCUACACCCACCAGGACUCCUGCAGCUCUGCGUCGCGGACCCAACAGCAGCAGCUCUCUUGGAGGACUCAGUUCGAAGAGUGAUAGGGAAAUGUCAACCAGAGCAAAGGCUGCUGCAGCGCUUGCAGCAGCAGGAGUGGGCGGUGUUGCUGCUGCAUCAGUGCGCAGCAGCUCGAGGACCCCCACCCAUGAGUUCCGUCAAAGCGAGCUUAGCUACGAAGAUCGGAAGGAAAAUCUCACGCCUCAAGGCCCUCGCUCAGCUCGGAGCGCUGCUUCGAUAUCAUCUGCUGGCCGUGAAGCAUCCAAGAAGCUUUCAGAGCUCUCAUUAAAUUCUGCUGCCAACUCUCCCAGUACUAACGCCGCGCGGUCACGGAGAAAGUCCGAUGGUGUCGCGUCUGGCAGGAGGUCUGACGUCUCGGAAAUUGACAUCGUCCACGAUUCGGAGCUCUCAUACAACGAUGGCACUGCGACUCCACGAAGGCAGGAAGAUGCUGAGAGGUUCUUCGAUCAUGAAAGUGAACAAAACGACGCUCUUCGGGCUGAAAUGGACAUUAAGCGCUUGACCGGCUACACCGAUGACAGUCUACGCAGCUCCGAUCAUCUCAACUACCAUCGAUUGACCAAUUACACAGACGACAGCCUGGAUCGCAACUACCGUGAUGGAAUGGGUGCAGAUUCGGACGUUCACGAUGUUGGCGGCAGAGCAGACUUCGUCGCCACACCAGCUGCAGUUGAGUCCGCUGUGGCUUCCUUGGUCGAUCCCUCCACCGUUAGCACCAGCGUACGCUCAUCCCAUAGAGACUCUCAGCUUGGGUCGAACCAGCUUGAAUUCAUUCAUAUGCAUAUGGAGGAGCCGCAUCAAUCGUCUGGCGAGGUUACUGUCACUGGCCAGCCUGAAAACAGCGGGGAUCGAUGGGCUGCUCUCCGGGACCAAGCAAAGAGGAUCGAUCAGUAUGGAGUAGAAGAUUCCCCCCCUCAGAGUGAGGUGGAUUCGUACCGAUCCGAGGAACCAAUCCAAAUGACGCAUAAUGCGAUGCCUUUUGGCGAGCCCAUGCCGGAAAUCGGACACGGAUUGGACAACGAAUCUGAGGUCACCACGAAUCCUUCCGAAAUACAGGGACCUGCACGCACCCCCGACCGUUGGCCCUACGAGCCCACCCCUCCCAUGUCUUCAAAUGGAUUGCGCGCUGGAGAGGCCUUGGCUGUUGGAGGUGCUGCUGCAGCUGCUGCGCACAUUCUCCAAGAUGACCACGGAAGCCCGGUGUCACAAGAUCGUCAUUUCCAACCGAUGGUGGAAGACGAUUACGAGGACUAUGGGGAGCCUUACCCCCAACAUGAGGAGAGCUUCCCUCAGCAACACAUGGGCCCCAAUAGCCCAGGAAAUUGGAAGGACGAGGGUUACAUCUCGGCUGCGCAACCUGGCUACACUCCUGAGCCUCAAAUGGACAACUCCAGGUUUUUCGAAGACAGUGGCCUGCCAGAUAUGUCGGGUGACCUGGGUGAAGACGACCCAUUUGCGGUGGGCGGUAAUCCCAUGCAUGCACGCAAUUUCAGCGGAAAUUCGCACGGCAUGUCUUCGCCUCUGUAUGACAGCGCCACUGGCAAGGGAAUUGAUCGAAUCCAGUCGAAGGACAUAGUGGCUCUCAUGGACCACCUCACCGUUCGGGACGCCCAAAGAAACGCGCGUGACACGGAAAUCCUGGUCACGCUCGUUCGCAGUGCUGCCGACAUGCGGAAUUCUUUUGAGGAAAUGAAAAAAUUCAUCGCCGAGCAGGACAAGAUGAUCAUGGGCAACUCCGAUCGGGAUGCUGAAGUGGUCGUUCAAAGGCUUCUUCAGGGACCACGGCCGCAGCCACCCAGCACGACUCGCUUGCGCGGGCGGUCUUCUGAGGAAGUUGACGAUCUUCCGACGAAGCGCAAGAACGUUUUCAGGAGAGCUCUCAAGGGCCUUAGCAUGAAGAACACGAAUGAGCUGUCAAGGAUUGAAGACAUGCUUAUGCAACUCCUCGAUGAGGUCGAAGGGCUCAGGGAUACCCAGAACUUCGGGCCGCGGCCAUUGAUGAUGCCGAGCAGCCAGGGCCAGAGUAUGACGUCCUACGAGAACUUGCGUGCUGCUGGCGAUCCGGGAUAUGAACCGGAAGGUCGAGCUAAUACCGCAUCUACGCCCAACCAAUCCGGGACCUUUUCGAACCCCUCCUCUCGUCAAGUGGGCCGCCAUUCAGGAUAUGACGGACGCCGUGGAUCCGAGAAUCGUAUCAGCACGGUGUUGGAAGGGGACGAGGAAUUGGACGAGCACGAGGCGCACAUCUUGAACCACCAAUUCGAGAACAACGAGCGCUUAUUGACGCCAACGGAGGAAGUAAGACGCACCAACUCCAUGCCGCAGGAGAUAACUCCACCAGGACAACGCGGAUUCGAUGAAUCACCACCUAGCCAGGAAGCCAACUCCAAGGCUAAGGCGAAGCACAAGUCUAACAGCUCAUCUCUUUUCGGCAUUCCGAAAAUCUCGCGUUGGUCCAAAACGACUGCUUCUACCGAGAAAGAGAGUGUGCGUAACGGCAAGAAGGGGAGGCCGUACUCGCAGGCGUCUCGUUCGGGGUCUAACCUCAACAUCAAUGACUAUGGCGACUACGAGCUUCAAGAUGACGAUCGAAUCCGGUCGAGCACUUCUCUCAACGGCUACCAGCGUGGACAUUCAUUCGACCAGGUUCGGUCGCCUUCUCCUCUCAUUCCGGAUGAUGAUGAUCUGGAUGGACCAAAGUACCAAGCCCACAGGAACUCCCUGAACCUGGAACACCCCCAGCCACGCCCUGGGCCGACCCAUCGCCACCAGACGCAUCUGGAAUCGCAAGCCAUCAACUUUGAUGACCCGCAUUCUCCCGACUUUGAUCAAUGGGGCUCGGCCCCGAGCCUUGCUCUGAACAGAAACCGCUUUGGCGGGAACAACGGGCACAUGUCCCCUCUCUCCGAUGGUGGCUACUCAAACCACUCUGCCUCAGAGCAGGUAAACGGCCGGCAAAGGGACGAUGGCCCUCUCGUGCCACAAGUUCAGCAGCCACCUCAGCAGCAACGCAGCCUGCCAUUUGGCGCCAAACAGAUGUACAGCAGCCCAUUGAGCUCAGGCCAGCUUCUGUCUCCUCUUCCACCCAUUGAGGAAGUUCGGUACAGCUUGGAGACGGACAGGCACAGCCUGACGCCCUCCCCAAACCCUUCAAGCACGAUGCAGGUGCGGAGCCCGGGGCGGAAGAUCACCGGCCCAAGGCCUAUGGGAUCCAAAAGCCCACGCCCCAUGGAGCAUUCGGAUACCGUAGUUAGAAGGAAGCCUGUGGGUGACCGGAGCCCUUCCCUCGAAUCAUACCGCGAUAGCCUCGACAGCUUCGACCGAGAUACUUUCUAA